ACGUGUCAAAAGCUCUUUCCACCAUUCUACGUCGUUCUCGUUGAGUUUUGAGUUCUUCGUAUUCAAUCUCUCUCUCACCAACUCUGCAACGAUUGAGGAGCAAGAACAAAAGAAGGAUCUCUCUCUCUGAAGUUUUCGCCAUGGUUCUCCGAUCAGUAAAUCUCUUUACGACGCUGUUACUCCUGGGGAUUUAUUCGCGCGUUUCCCAAUCUCUCCACUUCGAAUUGCAAUCGGGCCGAACAAAAUGUGUAUCGGAGGACAUCAAGAGCAACUCAAUGUCCGUCGGGAAAUACAGCGUCGUUAACCCAAACGAAGCUCACCCUUCUCCUCCGUCUCACAAGAUCUCCAUAAGGGUGUCAUCGAGCUACGGGAACACUUACCAUCACGCGGAAGAUGUGGAAUCGGGACAAUUCGCGUUCACGGCGGUUGAAGCUGGAGAUUACAUGGCUUGUUUCACUGCCAUCGACCAUAAACCUGAAGUGACAUUGAGUGUUGAUUUGGAUUGGAAAGCAGGUAUUCAUUCUAAGAGCUGGCCUAGUGUAGCCAAGAAGAGCCAAGUCGAAGUGAUGGAGUUUGACGUAAAGCAGCUAAUUGAAAUCGUCAACUCUAUUCAUGAAGAAAUGUUUUAUCUCAGAGACAGGGAGGAAGAGAUGCAAGAUCUGAACCGGGCUACAAACUCGAAAAUGGCGUGGUUGAGUUUCCUGUCUCUUUUCGUAUGCUUAGGAGUCGCAGGGAUGCAGUUUCUGCAUUUGAAGUCGUUUUUGGAGAAGAAGAAAGUCAUCUAAAGAUGGUUAGAUGGAACAAUUCCCAUUCUCUUUCUUUUUCCCAACUCAUAAGGAAUCUUCUAUUCCCUGGGUUCUGUAUAGAUCUUUGGCUUGAGAGCAUUUACUGUGAGAGACCUGGAAAUCAAAUGAAUGUGAAAGUGUUGCCCUUUUUGUCAGCCGAAAGAGAAGCAAGCAUGUUUUUAUAGGUUAAACUUGGGAAAACGUGACAGAUUUAGGCACUCACUCACUAUAUUGUAUUAAUUUUUUCAUUUUUGGAUAAGAGCAAACAUUGUAAAAAAGUUUUAAGAGUAUAAAUGUUUGAUUGAAGCAAGAAACUGAGUUGAAGUUUCAGGCUAAAAAAUAAAAGGUUCACUGUUACUUUUCGAAGCUCUUGAAAGUGUCCACCGAAUAGUUGAUCAAAUGCAUCAAACUAUAGUUAAACAAAUUC